AUGCUCAAUAUUCCAGACACUAAUUAUGUUGAUACAACAGUUGAUAAGAUUGAAAUUGCUACAAGAAUCGGAGUUUGUCAUUGUGAAAUUCGCAAUUGGCUGAAGCAGGAGUAUCCAAAUGAUUCAAGCUACGAAAUAACAGGAAGAUCAAUAUCAAGAAUUUGCAGAUUAAUUACUUAUUAUAGUCAACCUGAUGAUAAAGAUGUUGAUUCCCAGCAAAUCAAGAGAGCUUUGACAAUCACUUACAAUAAGAAUCUUAACGAAAUAGAUAAUGAUGAGAUUGAACUUAAUCAAAAGAUUUAUAAUUCUUUCUUUCAAAAAAUUGAUAAAGGUUUUGUUAAGGAAUUAAUGAAAUUAUAUUUAUCGUUAUUAAUUGAUAGCAAUGAAUUUAAGAAAUUAAUUGAAGAAAUAAUAAAAAAUGAUCAGCCAAUUAUUGAUGUAUUUAAAGUCAUUGAACGGGCAAAGAUGAACGACAUCUUGAAUGCCAUAGAUUUAUUGAAUAAUUGGGUCAAAACCAAAUUGGUUCAUCGAUUUCAAUUAUUUGAAGAGAUUGUAUCAAAUUGUUGA